AUGGGCAGGCGUUCUGGUGGUUCCGGCAAGGGCUGGGGCAAGCCCACACCGCGGCCAGUGCCGACGGAGUGCACAAAGCUGCAAGUCGUCAAGGAGUGGGACCACCUCGGCAAGAAGCUUUUAAAGCCCUAUGCAGACAGGCGCGGCACCUUCCUGAAGACUAACGACCUGGCUGCGCCGAAGUAUUUGGAGCCUUCCAACUUUCGGGACAUUGCCGCGGAUGCCGCCGUCAGCGAGCUCGUCGCGCGCCCUACCAUGGGACUCAAUUUGUUCGCUGCCUCCUGCGAGGUCGGCGUGGAAGCCUUGAUAGCCGCUGCGAGCGGACAGCCCGGCACAGGCAUCUCAGACUGCCCGGAAACUUUUCAAAGCCUCUCAAACAAUCUGGCAACCGCCCAAAUCGACGCGGACGUCCUGGCCGCGGCUGUCAAGGAGCUGGUGAAGUUCGCGCAGGAGAAUACGGACUCCAAGUUAAAGACCCUGCCCAAGCUCCUCGACUCCAGUUCCAGGCUUUACAGCUUCGCCGCACGCGUGGCGCAGUGGGUGGUGCUGGCAUCCAAGCCAAAGGCUUGGGCAAAGGCAGUUCCGACCCCGCCUCUUCAGCAUCUGGCCGUGCAGACUUGGUUGGAAGAUCCCACCAACGCGGACAAACUCAUCAACGCCCUGACGGCUGGCAUCACAUCUCGAUUCCAUUGGGGUGGUUGCCACCAAGGGAAGCGCCGUCUGGGAGACUCGGGGUCGGAUCACUCCCACGCAGCCAAGAAGCGUAAGCGGAGGAGCAGUGGCUCUGCAUCCAAAGCUUCUUCCUCAUCGUCUUCGACCGAUAAAAAGAAGAACAAGAAGAAGCAAGCCAAGCGUAAGGAGUCCAAGGAAAAGAAGCGGGACAAGACAUCCGAAAGCAGCUCCCACAAUAAAAAGGACAAGAAAGACAGGAAGAAGCACAAAGCAAGAGGCAGGGACAGGUCCAGCUCUCUUACAAAGAACCCGGACAAGAAGGUGCAGUCGGCGCAGGAAAUCUGGGUGCAGUACGCAGUCGAGCUGCAGAACGGCACGGCCAGCGACCUCGCGGUGUACGCCAAGAACGUGGACUGGUUCCUCCGGCAGUUCGCGAAGCUCAUGGUCUCGACACAUGAGCGCAAGAAGAUGCCGUCCCAAGGCGGGCAGGUCGGCGAGUCCAUGCUGACCGUUAUCGCCGCGGCCCUAAAAUUCUACGAGCGCAAGAGACGGCAGCUUCUGACCAGCGCUAGCGCUGCAAGUUUUGGCGCAGCGUGCACCUUCGGCGUCAAUGACUGGCGGCGGGCACACACAGUGUGCGAGGGCUGGGGUGGGGCAGCCUGCGCUUUCGCAGAAACUUCUGCUGGUGGCAAGGUCACACACUUCACGCCCGCAAAUCACGCUGCCUAUUCUGUGACCAUGAGAACCUCGCUGUGUCGGAUGCGAGCCAAGCUUCCUGCAGAGGUGGCCGUCGACACCUACCACGCCGCCUUCGGCCUGGACGAGGAAGUGGGAUCCGUGGCCGCCAGCCUGGCGCAGUACAGCCUCAUCAUCAUCAUCGACGAGGUGUCCCAUCUGCAGCUCACGCACUUCGAGCACGUUUGCGGCUGUGGAACCAGGCCGAUAAUGUCCCCGCCAUACUCCUUGCGGGCGACGAGAUGCAGAUGGGCGGCUUCGGAGAGAGGCGCGCCUGGCACAGCCCCAUGUGGAAACGCAUGGUCUACAGUCUACCGCAUCAAGCUGCAUGAGGUUUAUCGCUGCAAGGAUCCCGAGUUCAAUCAAGUCCUCAUGGAACUGCGCACAUGCCCACCCGGACACCGUCAUUCUAACGUGCACCCGGCACGGAGCGCAUACCAUGAUCUGGCCUUGCGUGCGCUCUACCCAUCUGGCUCUCCUCUGGUCCUGCUGCCCGCCGACGUGGACUCCAACCCUGACAACUACAGUGGCGGACAGCUUUUGGAGAACAUGUCUGCCCUCGAGCCUUUGCGCCUCCCCAUCUACAAGGGCAGGCGAGUGGUCUUCACCCGGAACGUUCGCAAAGACGUCGAUGACGUCAAUGGGAUGGAUGGCAGUGUGGUGUCUUUCAACCCAAGCACGCAAGGCGUGGAGGUGCUCACUGUCACCGGCUUUCGGGUGAUGGUCUGGCCCUGGACUGACGUGGAGCGUGGUGACGUGACCUACUACCCGAUCAAGGCAGGGUAUGUGGACACGAUCAUCAAGCUUCAGGGGGCAGAGCUCAAGCACAUCACGGCGUUCCUGGAUCGGCCGGGCGUUCCUGGCGCGGCAUUCACGGCCCUCAGCCGCCUCAGCUACGGCACGGACUUCCUCAUCGGUGGUGUCGUGAAUGCGGACCACUUCCGGCCCGUGGACGAGUCCUGA